CGGGUCACCAAGAAGCAUAAUGAAGACAAUUUCCUGUGUGUCCUACAAAGAGAAGCAGACACAUCAUGAGAUGACCGUCGCGGCAGCAAUGGCAGGGUCAAACAUGGUCUUUUCCGAUGUUGAAAGUUUUCUAGACGAGCACCCAGAAUUAUUAGAGGACUAUCUGAACAGAAAAGGCAAGGCAAGUAUGGUGGUAAAGUGGAUGAAGAACCAUCACGCCACUAAAACUCCGGCGAACUCCAGCGCGGAAGCGGAGAAAGCGGCGAACGCGUGCGGCAAAGACAGCUGGGCGAGCAGAAGCGACGGACUGCAGAGACGAGCGUCGCAGAAAGAGCUGAGGAAAACCUUCGCCAGGUCUAAAGCCAUCAACGCCAACAGGACUUACGACGAACACGUUAACUCCAGAGCCCAGGAGCCACUGACCAGCAUGAGGAGACGCGCGCUGCUGCGUAAAGCCAGCUCUCUGCCGCCAACCACCGCGCACAUCCUCUCCGCGCUGCUGGAGUCCCGGGUCAACAUCCCUCAGUACCCCUCCACCGCUGUAGACUACAAAUACUACCUGAAGGAGCACAACGAGAGGGAGUUCUUCCUGGAGCUCGUCAAAGACAUCUCCAACGACCUGGAUUUGACCAGUCUGAGCUACAAGAUCCUGGUGUUUGUGUGUAUCAUGGUGGAUGCUGACCGCUGCUCCCUGUUCCUGGUGGAGGGUCCGGCCAGUAAAAAGACUCUGGUGUCCAAGUUCUUUGACGUUCAUGCUGGAACCACAGUGUUGCCCUCUCUCAGUAACUCGGAUGAGGUGCAGGUGCCCUGGGGAAAGGGCAUCAUUGGAUAUGUGGCUGAACAUGGGGAAACUGUCAGCAUUCCCGAUGCAUAUCAGGACCAUCGUUUCAGUGAUGAGAUUGAUAAACUCACCGGAUAUAAAACCAAGUCUCUGCUGUGCAUGCCCAUCCACAACAGUGAUGGAGAGGUCAUCGGGGUCACACAGGCCAUCAACAAGAGUCCCAAUGGAGCACUCUUCACCGACGAUGACGAAAAGGUGUUGCAGAUGUACCUGCCGUUCUGUGGCAUCGCCAUCUCAAAUGCCCAGCUCUUCGCUGCCUCCAGGAAAGAGUACGACAGGAGCAGGGCUCUUCUGGAGGUUGUGAACGAUUUGUUCGAGGAGCAGACCGAUUUGGAGAAGAUCGUGAGGAAGAUCAUGCAUCGAGCUCAGACGCUGCUGAAGUGUGAACGCUGCUCCGUCCAGCUGCUGGAGGACAUCGAAUCUCCGGUGGUGAAGUUCACCAAGUCCUUUGAGCUUCUGUCACCCAAGUGCAGCGCCGACAUGGAGAACAGUUUCAAGGACAGCAUGGAAAAAUCGUCCUAUUCUGACUGGCUGAUUAAUAACAGCAUUGCAGAGCUGGUCGCCUCCACUGGGCUUCCUGUGAAUAUCAGCGAUGCCUUCCAAGACCCACGCUUCGACGCUGAAGCAGAUCAGUUCUCUGGCUUCCAUAUUAGAUCUGUCCUAUGUGUCCCUAUCUGGAACAGUAACCACCAAAUCAUAGGUGUGGCUCAGGUCUUGAACAGAUUAGAUGGAAAACCAUUUGAUGAUGCAGAUCAGAGGCUGUUUGAGGCAUUUGUGAUAUUCUGUGGACUGGGAAUCAAUAACACCAUUAUGUAUGCCCAAGUGAAGAAGUCCUGGGCCAAACAGUCUGUCGCUUUGGAUGUGCUGUCAUAUCACGCCACUUGCUCAAAGACUGAGGUGGAUAAGUUUAAGGUAAACACAAACAUCCCUCUGGUGUGUGAACUGGGCAUUGAUAAACUGUCGUUUGACGACUUCUCUCUGGAUGUGGAUGCCAUGGUCACUGCAGCUCUGCGGAUGUUUAUGGAGCUGGGAAUGGUGCAGAAAUUCAAGAUAGACUAUGAGACACUUUGUCGGUGGCUGUUGACCGUGAGGAAGAACUAUCGCAUGGUUCUGUAUCAUAACUGGAGACAUGCAUUCAACGUUUGCCAGUGCAUGUUUUCCAUGCUGACAUCGGCCGGCUUCCAGGAGACUCUAACUGAGAUGGAGAUUCUGGCUCUGAUAGUGGGCUGCAUCUGCCAUGAUCUGGACCACAGAGGAACCAACAACGCUUUCCAGGCCAAGACGGGAUCAGCGCUUUCUCUUCUUUAUGGGACAUCAGCCACGCUAGAGCACCAUCAUUUCAACCAUGCUGUUAUGAUCCUGCAGAGCGAGGGUCACAAUAUUUUCUCUAAUCUGUCAUCACAUGAGUAUGGAGAACUCAUGCAGCUCCUAAAACAAUCCAUACUGGCCACAGACUUAACGCUCUACUUCCAGAACAGGAAUUCCUUCUUUGAGCUGGUGAAUAAAGGAGAAUACAACUGGAACGUGAAGGAACACAGAGACAUGUGCAGGUCGAUGUUGAUGACAGCGUGCGAUCUGGGUGCUGUCACGAAACCCUGGGAGAUAUCACGCAAGGUUGCAGAGCUGGUGACUAGUGAGUUUUUCGAGCAGGGAGACAGAGAGCGAUCAGAACUGAAACUGACUCCCUCGGCAAUUUUUGACCGAAACCGCAAAGAUGAGCUGCCAGGUCUACAACUGGAGUGGAUUGAUGGAAUCUGUGCGCCGCUGUAUGAGACAUUUGCCAAAUUAAACCCCAAACUACAGCCAAUGGUUGACUUGAUCAAGGCCAAUCGUGCCAAAUGGGAAGAGCUUCACCACAGACACCAGCGCAGCCAGGAAACCAGCAGCCCUGGCAGUCCACGUAACGCAGACGCCACAGCAACCAGCUGCAGCUGCGCAGGCCCCAGCGACGCGGGCCCUUUUCAUUCCGUCAGCUAACUCUGGAGAGACAAACCUGCCAGAUUUUGCCACAUGCUUCUCUCUGACCCGCAGCAAUGCAGAUGGAAGGAGUUUUGACCUCUGCUGCACGCUUCAGACCAGCAGUCAUUACCUCACUAGCGCCCUCUAUCGGGCAUUUGCUGUGUCUGCGAGCACUUCAGGCAACCGCGACCGGGUCUGCGUUCGUCUCCACAGUGCAAAGACUGCACGUUUAGCUAGCAACGGAGAACCUUAGGGAUGUGUUUACGCCCAGAAGCUAAUUGGCUGAAUUAGCUACUUUAGGGCUAGCAUGCUAACAUAAAGACUCUAUCGUGCGUGUAAGCUACUUUCA